AUGAUGCGACCGACUAUAGGCUCCUAUUUGGCAACACUGCGACAGGAGCUGGGUUCACACAACAAGGCGAGACAGCAGGCCAACCGUAACAGGAAGAGGGCACUGCAGACCGAGAUCAACAGAUUAAGUGGGGCAAAUCCCGGGUCUAAUUUUGGUCAUACAUUGAGAGAUAGAAGUAUCGUAGAUCUUGAGGAGAAUCUACGGCAGCUCCAAGUAGCACACAGUCAGAAAAGUACUCAAGCAGAAGGGAAUGGGGAUACGAACAAUCAAGGCAUGGACGACGACGGUGCCGCUUACCAAGCGAUGUCACCCAGCGUCGGGGGUGUAUCCGGCAACUGGACGAGCUUCCAGCAUGACUUGGACUUUAUGCUCCAGCAUCAGAGUACAGGAGGAUCUGCUUAUGAUCCUGAUGAGCAGCAAGGCUGGGGUUACGAAGAUCAUGAUGACGCUUAUGAUCUUCUCUGA